ACUGGUGUGUUUCCUCGCACCAUGACUCAUCCCGGACGAUCCUAUCCAGGAUCGGGGAUGCUACAUCUAUGAUUAUGAGGAAGCGAAUCAACUUUAGUGAACUACUGUUGUCUCAGAUUUAUCGCAUCUAUAGCGAUCCAACAGAGGAUUAUGAUGUCUACUUUCCAAACUUUAUUCAUCAAAUUCUGAAGUGUCAAGAGGAAGUUAGUCACAUGCUUGAUGAUGAUCAGAUUAUGGAGCCUCUGUGCAUCAACGAGGACACAUUGGACGAACAUGUUUUUAUUUGACGAGUCUCACAUUCAGGGGGAGAAGUCGUAGCCAUACAUGCGUUCAUCUGUGUUUGGGAAUUUUGUAUUGUAUUUGCUGUUUCUUGGUUGCUUUGUUUUGAUCUAAACUAUGCUUGUGUUUUAUAGCUUCUUGAACUUGUUAUGAAUUUGGUGUGAUAAUGGUCAAACUGAAGGUUGAUGAGCAUUUGAGAUUGUGUGCUUUGACUAAUGUGAUUGCACCUGGUGACAUGAACGUUGUGUAAGUUUGUUUAUGCAUGUUUGGGAAUGAGGUGACUCGUGCAGAUAAAAAGGGAGAGAUUCUAGAGUCAAAAUUUUAAGAAAUGUUGAAGUCAGUUCAAGAUCGUCCCGGUUCAAGUUGCUCGAAUGACGAGAUGACCGGUUUAGUGACUUGGAGGAUACGAAACAUUUAUGGAAGAUGGAGAAAGAUAUGGAAAGAAGAUUUUCGAAGAAUCUUCACACGCGGUGGUAUAUAAGGAGACUGAAGACCUAAGAAAGGGGUUGCGUUUUUUUAGAGAAGAUAUCAAGGCAUUAGAGUUUUCUAGUGAAAAAGCGACAACGAGAGAACUAUAAGGGUAGCAACUAGGGUUGGGAUUCUCACGUUUUGGGUAGUUAAGAAUUGAUCAGUUAUGAUGAACGAUUGUGUGUAGUCACAAAAAUCUGAUUAAACAAGACCGUUGAGUUUGUUUAAACGAUUCUUAAUAAAAAUAUUGUUUGAGGAAAGCUUUUUAUAUCGUCUCUGUUCUAGGUAUUUGACAGAAGUCUCCUUUUGAUUAGUGGUCGGUUGCCACAUUUCUCCAGCUAGAAUUGUUGGAUCCACAUUUUCUAUUUAUAUGUUGACCACUGACUUCUAUAUACAUUUAAUUGGUCCGUGUUUUGUUCGGCAUAUAGUUUGUUAGCCACACAAAGUGAAGACUUCCACAAUUGAAGAGUCAAGCAACGUAACUUUAACUCUUGUCAUCGUUAUACUUUAUAGUUUAUACUCUCUAUAUAUAUUAUUAUUAUGUUGUUUUGGCUGAAAAACCAAUUCAUACGAACCAAGUUUCUUCUUCAAUAUCUUUGUUUUGUUUCGAAGUCUUUAUUUUCCUAAUGGCAAAACCGUGUUUCCCUGUUUCUACCAUCUCCAGUUUUUUAUGUUGUCUCUUUGUCUCCAGCUUCUUUGUCAACAGUCUUGUUUCUCUUCCAUUUCCUCAUCCAGACCAGAUUGAGAUCCUUCUGGCUUUUAAGAACGAGUUUCCAAUCCUCAAAUGCGACAUCAGAAAGUGGUCUGAAUCAAGACAAAAGACAAAAUCUUGGACCAGCAAAGUCAAUAAGUCCUUUGAUGGAGUUUGGUUUGAUAGCGAGACUGGUCUAGUAACGGAACUAGACCUAAGUGGUGCGUGCCUCAGUGGCAGUCUCAGUGCUAAUAGUAGCCUUUUCAGACUCCACCACCUCAGGUACCUUGAUCUCUCUAACAACUACUUUGACUCCUUCUCCUUCCUCCCCGAACUUGCCAAACUCACAAACUUAGAGAUCUUGGAUCUUUCUCAUAUGGGCUUAGCCGGUGAAAUUCCAACCUCAGUCAGUAGCUUAAACCGUCUAAGGGACUUGGACCUUUCCGGUAACGAGCUUAUCGGCAGUUUUUCCCCUCUAAUCAAUCUAUCAAGGCUCUCUUAUUUAUCUCUUUCCAAUAAUCACUUUUCUGGAAAUGUUCCUUGUUCUCUACUCACCAUUCCUUCCCUGUCAAUUCUUUAUUUGAGCCAAAACCAUCUCAUCGGCACUCUUGAAACUAUGAAUUGCUAUUCAACGUCCAUGCUUGAAUCGUUAUAUCUUAGCAAUAACCGUCUCAGUAGUGGAAGCCUAGAGCCUCUCUCCAAAUUUUUCUACCUCAAAGACCUCGACCUAUCUUUUCAGAACACAACCGACCCAGUCAACUUCGUCUCGUUGGGCUUCAAGUCUUUAGAGUCAUUGGAUCUUUCCGGAAAUGCUAUAUCAAGGCUUAAUAUCAGAUCACCAAAUUUGAAGGAACUAGCCUUGAAUGAAUGCAGCAUCAACGAGUUCCCCACAUUUAUUAAAAACCUACCGAAGCUGAAAACUUUGCGCAUUGCAAACAAUAGUCUCAAAGGAGAAGUGCCAAAAUGGUUAUGGAGUAUGCCUUCUUUGAUUCAAUUGUCUCUGUCUCACAACUCCCUCGAUAGUUUUGAAGGCUCGCCAAAAGUGGUUCUCAAUUCGUCGCUUUACUGGUUAGACCUGAGUUCAAACGCUUUUCGAGGAUCUCUUCCUAUUGUUUCACCGACAUUGAACUACAUGUUUGCAUCAAAUAAUAGUUUCUCAGGGGACAUACCUCUUUCAUUGUGCAAUCAAAACAACAAUCUUGUCCUGGAUCUAUCGCAAAACCAUUUCAGUGGUUCUAUUCCCGGAUGCUUGUUUACAUCAUUAGUAUAUCUGAAUCUCCGAAACAACAAUCUCACUGGGAAUCUUCCCAACAUAUUCGAUAAGAGUAGUUAUCUGAUAACACUUGACGUUAGCCACAAUCAAAUAACUGGGAAGCUUCCAAGGUCUCUUACAAAUUGCACAAACCUAGAGUUUGUAAAUGUGGGGAGCAAUAGAAUCGCUGACAGCUUUCCGUUUUGGCUGAAGGAUCUACCGAACCUACAAGUCAUUGUCUUACAAUCAAAUAUGUUCCAUGGUCCAAUCUAUUCCCCUCAACAUCCUCUAUCAUUUCCACAACUGAGAAUAAUGGACAUAUCAGGUAAUAAAUUCACCGGAAGCCUACCACAUGAUUACUUUAUCAAUUGGAGUAAACUCUUGAUCAGUAUUCCCCAGGAGAAAAGAGAGUACGUGGGAUAUGAUUCUAUGUAUGAUUAUUACCCUUCCAUGUAUUUGAGAAGCAAAGGAAUAAACAUGGAGCUGGAAAAGAUCCUUGUGACCUACACAGCCAUUGAUUUCUCUGAAAACAAACUUGUAGGACAGAUUCCAGAAUCUUUAGGCCUUUUGAAAUCUCUUAUUGUGCUCAACCUAUCCAACAAUCAUUUUACAGGUCACGUUCCAUCCUCUUGGGCUAAACUCACGAGGCUCGAGUCACUAGACCUAUCUCGGAACCAACUUUCUGGAAAAAUACCGCAGGAGCUAGCAACCCUCUCGUUUUUGGAGUACAUUGAUGUUUCACAUAACAAACUCACGGGACAGAUACCACAGUCUACACAGAUUGGAGGACAGCCUAAAUCAUCUUUUGAAGGGAAUAUCAAUCUUUGUGGUCUUCCUCUUGAGCAGAGUUGCUUCAGUGACAAGGUACCAUCAACACCAGAGGCACAAGGGCCAUGGCCUCAAAAGCAAGAACAAGUGUUAAACUGGAAAGCAGCGGCAAUGGGAUAUGGCCCUGGAGUCUUGUUUGGACUAGCGAUUGGACAAGUCUUUUAUUCGUACAAACCAGUGUUGUUCUUCAAGUUGUUUCGUCUUUGAAAUAAAUUUUGUGCAUUUGGUGUUGUUGUAAUAAGUGUAAGGGUUCUUGCUACCGUUAUGACAUAGAUAUGCA